AUGAUUCGCGGUUGCCUCGUGCUCCGCGUGACGGUGCACUCCCCGCGUGGGUUGCAGUUCCAGCUUGGUGCCGACGACGCUGUUGCGCGGAUUCGGCAGAAGUACGGUGGUCGCUGGUUUGGUGCCUCAAAGGAGUUACUGCGUCUUGGUGUCCCCUCAGCCGAGUUUCUUCCCUUCUACUAUUGCCAGGGAAGUGUUCAGGGCACCUUCCGCGGCACCGUGAGCUACAGCGAUAGUGUGACCGACUCGAAUGGUCACCUAAAACGCAGUUCUCGUCAAACGACUACGGCGCCGCAGUCGUUGAACACCGUCUUUGGUCCAAACCAGACACAGAUAUACGCCGGGUAUAAGUACAACAUCCGCCAUGUACACACUGCGCUGCGCAAUGAGGCGAACCCGCUUCACCUGCACAAGAUGAGUAUGGUGAAUGCAACUAACGCCACGAUUAACCUCUUUGAGCAGUCCACCGCGACACUGAAGGUGUUUGUAGACGAGGAGGUGCAGCGACAGGCGCAAGAGACAGCACGGGCGAUGGUUCGUUCCUACCACCCAGGGGCUUCUACGAUAGGCGUAGACUUUAGUGAGUUGCAUAUUCGAUUAGAGGAGGUCACUCCCGUCUUUGUUCCGUGUUACGUGGUGAAGGUGCAGUACGACGCACAGGAGUACACCUUGUACGUGAGUGGCACCAACGGCACAGUCGGUGGUCCUUUUCUACUCAACGCGCUCUACUUUGCCCGGCUCGCCACACUGAGUGUGGCAGGACUAUUUCUGCUACUGUGGCCCAACAGGGUGACCGGCCUGGCGCUGGUCUCCCUGCUGUCGGUACCGGUGUACUACCUCGCCUUCUACGUUGGAAAGAUGUUUCCUUCACACCGUCGUGAUUACUACCGGUGGCAGCGGCAGAGACUUCGCAUGCAGCACGAGGAAAAGGACCGCGGCGGCUUCCGCCCACACGUGUCGUCUAAGCGCAUCGAGGAGGAAUACCGGCGGUCCUCGUACUGGGACACGCAUGCGUUUCAGCAGCGGCAAGAGUAUUAUGGUCCCGUGAGGGAUGCGCGCGGCUAUUACGCAGCGCUGGGUCUUACCGGGGCAGAGUCCGUGAAUGAGAUUCGCUCAGCGUACCGUAAACUUGUGCUCACAGAGCACCCCGAUGCCGGUGGUUCGACGGAGCGUAUGGCAAGGUUGAACGAGGCCUACCGCGUCUUGCGUGACCCGGAGAGGCGGGAGGCGUACGACAAGGGCAUGUAA